AUGAAGGCCAUAACUCAGGCCAAGGCAGGAAAAAGGCUCUCCAUACAACAAUUUACAAAUGCUCGCGAUCUUCUUCUGGUAAAACUCGCGCUACUUGUGGCAUCUCGACCUGCCCCGCUAGAGAAUGCUCUUCUUGAAGACUACCAAAAAGCGCAGGAGAAGGACGGAAACAGGGUCAUGUUAAUCCCGAAGCAUAAACGAUCUAGAGAGGGACCAGCACCACUUGGCAUGGAUAAAGAGGUGCAAGAUCUCAUGGAGGUCUAUGUCAAUAAGAUCAGACCACACUUUGUUGCAAAAGAUGUCAAACACCUCUUCGUUAAGAGUGACGGCCAAUCAUUCAACAGAAAUACCAUUGGAAAAAGAUUCUCUGCUUUCUUCGAGAAAAGUGGCGUGAGGACCGACAGACGCGUAAGCCAGACUGCUGUAAGAAAGUUUGUAACAACGGCAGCGAGAAGGCAUGCCCCAGAGGAGAUGUCGAAUAUCCAGAGGGUCUUGUGCCAUAGCGAAAGGUCAUCUCGCAACAGUUAUCUUAGGUUGGACUUGACAGAGACGGCCUCACACGCCAUGAAUAUCAUAAAGAAAGUCACCUCCAGUGAAACAGAAACUAAAACAAAGAAAGAAACUCUUGCUGAAGAACUUCCCGAGAAACAAAUAAAGAAAGGUGGUGAGGAGAGUGACCAAAGUGCAGACGUUGAUCUUCCUGGGCCAAGCCAACUAGCGUCUGAAGAUGACGAAACCUCCACAAAUGUUAUCCCACCAACAGUCUCCCCUGGCAAGGUUUCAAGUCUGACAGAAAAACAGAAAGAAGCCAUUAGGGAAAUCUUUUCAUCUGCCAUUGAGAGAGGGGAGAAACAACAAAUGAUGGCUGUGCGAAAUAAAAUGUCGACCACACUAAUCUUAAGGAAAAUGACUACUUCUAUCUCAAAGGUAAAACAGGUAACCAACUUCGUCAACUACCUAGUGAGCAAACGACCCUUUGAGGUGGAAGGUUUGCCAACCCAAGCAAUUGAAGUUGAAGAAUGGCUUGAUGACCAAUCAUCAUCACUAAAAUCUGAUCAACGGAUGCACUGGGAUCAACGAGAUACACAAGCGAUGGAAAGAGAGUUCCGUAGGUUUCGAAAAUGUCCACCUAAACAACAACUAAGGCAGAUGUUCACGGUGAAUGGACGCCUAGCUGCAAUCUGUAAAAAGGAGGGCUUCAGUCGGUGCUACGAGAAGGUAAAGAGCAUUAUGCGGAAGAAAAACAAGCUGUGA